UGUAUAUAAAAAGCGGCAAGUACGCCUGCCGCAUCCCUCGGCAGUUCGCAGUCGGCGGGUAGUACGGAGUGCCCGCCCGCCGCCGCCGCACCUCAAACAUUUUCGCUCAGAUUCAUGAAAAUGGAUUUAUAAAAGUUAUAACUUUACAAUGAGUUUGUUUGUCGAUUUAAGUCAGAUUAAAUCUUCAGUAACAAACCUAUCUGAGAUGGUUGACAAGAUAUCUUCUUCUGUUUCUAAAGAAAAGAAACCAGAUGAACGCCCAAAGAAAGACGAAAUCCUGUACAGGAGUUCUAUGUACAGCAGCUCCAUUCACAAACCGACGACUUUAGGUUUCGGCGUGCGAUUUUCCAGUCAAGAAGAUGUAUACCAAAGCCUGCCUAUGCCUUCGUCUAGACUUCGGAGUCACAUGUCUCUUCCGAAUUUGGGUAAAGCUGAAAACGUGUUCGAUAAACCUUCGGCGUCGCGCCAAGACGACAGGCCGAAGAUAGUAGAGCUUGACGAAGAUAGACUGGAUAAACACAAAACGACCAUUAAUUUAUCAUCAGAAAAUCUCAGUGAUUGGAUUCUUGCGUCCAUUAACAGGAGACCACAUUUCGAUGACGUCGGAGACACUCACCCCAUGGAUUUUUUAGAAAAUAUUCAGUACUACAUAUCCGAAUUAAGAAUGGCAGAAGAAAAACAGUUGCCAUUCAUAAUAUCGUGUUUAGAAGGAGUACCACUCAUGUGGGCACGGUGCUUCAAGAGCGAGUUCAAAGACGUAGAAACAUUCUACGCGGCUUUUGAACAAGAAUUCUGGGGCCCAGACAGACAAAAAGCAGUACUAUAUGACAUGAAACUAGGAAAAUACGAUGAUAGUAAUCCAAGAGUCAGUAUGUCAGAAUACUUUCUGCAUAAAGUAUCGAACUACCGGCAUUUAUCGCCACCACCUUCGGAUCUAGAGAUAGUUUAUUCGUUAGCAGCUCACUUUCCAACGGCCGUGGAGCUGGAGUUGCGCCUCGCACCGAAGCCGACGCUACGAGAAGCCUACCACGUGCUACGCCGUAGAGAGGGCGAAGGUUCAGAUUUUUUACCAAAUUAUUUGUAUGAAAUGUGUGAGGCGUUUCAACGUGGUCAGAGGCCUGAAUCCGCAAGACGUGGGGACGGGUCAUCGUCCUCUUACAAUGUAGAACACGAAAAGAAAGUACCGAAAUAGUAUCAAUAAAAAUAUUGCACUUAAGAAUAAACGUACCAAUCACUGCCAUUGAAUAAUUUAAAUAAGUCAUAGAAGGUAAAAUGUUUUUGAAAUAAACAGUUGACAUAAAAUUCCUGAUGUUUUAUUUAGCUCACAAAUCAAUACUUCAACUAAAAGAGAAUCUUUUCCCCAUAUCA